AUGGGGACAAAAACAGCAACCUCAUCUCUUCCCCUUCUCUUGGUUUUCUGUCUUCUUCUUACAAUGUCGAAUUGCUUAGAAGACAGCAAUGAGUACGCGAUGAUGAGUUCAGAGACAGACCGGCGUGUAUUAUUGGAUGGUAUACUUGGAUCAUUCAUAUCCUACUUAGUCAUGGACAAGAACCGAGUUCCCUGUUCAGAGAAAGGCACUAGUUACUACAACUGCUCCCCUAAUGGUACUGCUAAUCCUUAUGAACGUGGUUGCCAGAGAAUUACUGGCUGCGCACGAUUAGCAAGGUCUUCACCUUACAGAGAAAUGGAAGAUGAAGGUGAUGAAAGCACAAAAAGUUGCUAA